AAAGUCUCCAUGUCGACAAUCGAGUGUUCUACACCAAACUGCCAGUUGGUUCUGCACCAUAUUAUCCCAAUCAUUGGUGUUUUUACAGCAUUAUGGAUAUUUAUUGCACCGUUCAAGUCCGUCAAGAGACUUGGCAACUCUGACAAUCUUGAAAAUGUGAAUCCGCUUCCGUUUCCAAUGAUUGUUGCGAAUUGCCUUGGAUGGCUGGUAUAUGGCUUACUGAUUCAAGACAUAUAUGUGAUAAUACCCAACAUUAUUGGCUACCAGUUUGGAAUCUACUAUACAUUGAUGGCAUACAGAAUUGCUGCCCCUGAAUUUCAAUCCCGAGCUCUCCAAAUCCUCAUUGGCUCAUCGCUACUGGUUUUUAUAGGGGGAGUAUUAGGCUUUAUUGUUCUUCAAGGCAACGAGGCUGGAAGGAUCGUUAUGGGUCUUGUUUGCGUCGUCAUCCUAGCCGUAUUUUAUUGUUCUCCCCUAUCCGAUUUCUACAAUGUCAUCAAGAAAAAGGAUGCAUCGAGCAUUGACGUGUAUCUUGCUGCUGCAAGUCUUGUAAAUGGUAGUCUAUGGACUGUUUAUGGGUUCGCUAUUGGCGAUACGUUUAUCUGGUCUCCAAAUCUUCUUGGUGUCGUACUUUCCCUGGUUCAAUUUGUACUGCUGGCUAUAUUUGCAAGACCAAAAUCGCAUGAAUUUCAAGUUCUUCGCAAUGCCACUUGAAGAU